GAGCCCUCCAGCUCGCCAAAAUGGAUCCGACUUUUGAUCCUACCAAAGAGACGCUGAACCUACUAGUUAGCUCAGGUGUCGCAAAAGCACGAUUACCCUGGCCAGACUUACUUCUCAAAUCGUUUCUUGCCGGGGCUUUCCUAUCCAUCGGUGCUCUUUUCAGCCUAAUCGUUGCGGGAGGCUCUCCCUCUUUGCGCGCCGAUAAUCCUGGACUUGCUACACUGUUAUCCAGCUUUGCCUUUCCAACUGGCUUCGUCAUUCUCACCAUCGUCAAUACCGAGCUCUUCACAGCCAAUGUGUUUGUAUUGAUACUAACCACGUUCAUGCGGAGGACCACGUGGCUCGACCUUCUACGAAACCUAGUCUUAUCCUAUGUCUUCAACCUAGCUGGCUGCCUAUUCGUGGCGGGCUUUCUCUGUUGGUGGUCUGAUACCCUAUCUACAGAUACACUGAAGAGUUUCGCAGUCACGCAAGCCGAGGGCCGGGUCAACGUGCAAUGGUCCGUCAACUUUCUAAGAGGGGUUGGAUGCAACUGGCUCGUGGGGUUGGCGAUUUUCCUCUCAAUAUCGUGCAAAGAUAAGGUGUCGAAGAUCUACGCCAUUUGGAUUCCGAUAUGGACUUUCGUUGCAGUUGGCUACCAGCAUUGCAUUGCGAACUUUUUCCUCGUGCCGAUUGGGAUGUUCUACGGGACGAACUUUGGUGUUGGCAAGUUUAUUUACCAGAGUGUGAUUCCCGUUACACUGGGUGAUAUUGUUGGCGGUGCUGUUCUUGAUGGGGUGUUUAUUUGGUUUUUGUAUGGGCAUAGGAUUAUGAAAAAGCGGGCGGAUGGGGAGAACGAUAGGAGGGACCAGCUCCCGUCUUGAUAUGAGGUUCUAUUGAGGAGAUCAUUCUGCGGUUUAUGAAUGUGCAAGAAUUAUU